ACACCGGCGGGCGGGCGGGCGGGCGCGAGCUAGCCGGACACCGAGGCCUGCGUACGCGCGUGCGGGCGUGCGGGAGCCUGGCGCCGGGGAUCUGUCCCGGAGCGAGAAGCGCAGCAUGGAGCGCCGGACAGCCGGCGCCUGCCUCGCCCUGCUGUGGGGCUGCGCGUUGGUGGCCGCGGCGGCUCAGGGCAAGGAAGUUGUCCUGCUGGAUUUUGCGGCAGCAAAAGGGGAACUUGGCUGGCUCACACAUCCCUAUGGCAAAGGGUGGGACCUGAUGCAGAACAUCAUGAACGACAUGCCCAUCUAUAUGUACUCCGUGUGCAACGUGGUGGCCGGCGACCAGGACAACUGGCUGCGCACCAACUGGGUGUACCGCGGCGAGGCGGAGCGCAUCUUCAUCGAGCUCAAGUUCACCGUGCGCGACUGCAACAGCUUCCCGGGCGGCGCCAGCUCCUGCAAGGAGACCUUCAACCUCUACUACGCCGAGUCCGACGUGGACUACGGCACCAACUUCCAGAAGCGCCAGUUCACCAAGAUCGACACCAUCGCGCCCGACGAGAUCACGGUCAGCAGCGACUUCGAGGCGCGCAACGUGAAGCUGAACGUGGAGGAGCGCUCCGUGGGGCCGCUGCGGCGCAAGGGCUUCUACCUGGCCUUCCAGGACAUCGGAGCCUGCGUGGCUCUGUUGUCGGUCCGCGUCUACUACAAGAAGUGCCCCGAGCUGCUGCAGGGCCUGGCCCGCUUCCCCGAGACCAUCGCGGGCUCCGAUGCCCCCUCCCUGGCCACCGUGGCGGGCGCCUGCGUGGACCACGCUGUGGUGCCGCCGGGCGGCGAAGAGCCCCGGAUGCACUGCGCGGUGGAUGGCGAGUGGCUGGUGCCUAUUGGGCAGUGCCUGUGCCAGGCGGGCUAUGAGAAGGUGGAGGACGCCUGCCAGGCCUGCUCACCGGGAUUCUUCAAGUCCGAGGCCUCCGACAGCCUCUGCUUGCCGUGCCCAGCACACACGCUGCCGUCCCUCGAGGGUGCCAGCUCCUGCGAGUGCGAGGAGGGCUACUUCCGGGCGCCCGAGGACCCGCUGUCCAUGCCCUGCACACGCCCGCCCUCCGCCCCGCACUACCUGACGGCCGUGGGCAUGGGCGCCAACGUGGAGCUGCGGUGGACGCCCCCCCAGGACAGCGGGGGCCGCGAAGACAUCAUCUACAGUGUCACCUGCGAACAGUGCUGGCCAGAGUCCGGCGAGUGCGGGCCCUGCGAGGCCAGCGUGCGCUACUCAGAGCCCCCCCACGCGCUGACGCGCACCAGCGUGACCGUCAGUGACCUGGAGCCCCACAUGAACUACACCUUCGCUGUCGAGGCCCGCAACGGUGUCUCGGGCCUGGUGACCAGCCGCAGCUUCCGCACCGCCAGCGUCAGCAUCAACCAGACAGAGCCUCCCAAGGUCAGGCUGGAGGGCCGCAGCACCACGUCACUCAGCGUCACCUGGAGCAUCCCGCCACCACAGCAGAGCCGCGUGUGGAAGUACGAGGUCACCUACCGCAAGAAGGGCGACUCCAACAGCUACAACGUGCGCCGCACGGAGGGCUUCUCUGUGACCCUGGACGACCUGGCUCCGGACACCACCUACCUGGUCCAGGUGCAGGCAUUGACGCAGGAGGGCCAGGGGGCUGGCAGCAAGGUGCACGAGUUCCAGACGCUGUCAGCCACAGAAGGUCCUGGCAGCAUGGCAGUGAUUGGCGGCGUGGCCGUGGGCGUGACCCUGCUGCUGGUCCUGGCAGGAAUCGGCCUCUUCAUCCACCGCAGGAGGAAGAGCUUGCGCGGCCGCCAGCCCUCGGAGGACGUCUACUUCUCCAAGUCAGAGCAGCUGAAGCCCCUAAAGACAUAUGUGGACCCUCACACCUACGAAGACCCCAACCAGGCCGUGCUCAAGUUCACCACCGAGAUCCACCCGUCCUGCGUCACCCGGCAGAAGGUGAUCGGAGCAGGAGAGUUUGGGGAGGUGUACAAGGGGACCCUGAAGGCGUCCUCAGGGAAGAAGGAGGUGCCCGUGGCCAUCAAGACCCUGAAGGCAGGCUACACCGAGAAGCAGCGUGUGGACUUCCUGAGCGAGGCCAGCAUCAUGGGCCAGUUCAGCCACCACAACAUCAUCCGUCUGGAGGGCGUCGUCUCCAAAUACAAACCCAUGAUGAUCAUCACGGAGUACAUGGAGAACGGGGCUCUCGACAAGUUCCUUCGGGAGAAGGACGGCGAGUUCAGCGUGCUGCAGCUGGUGGGCAUGCUGCGGGGCAUUGCGUCGGGCAUGAAGUACCUGGCCAACAUGAACUACGUGCACCGCGACCUGGCCGCCCGCAACAUCCUGGUCAACAGCAACCUGGUCUGCAAGGUGUCCGACUUUGGCCUGUCCCGCGUGCUGGAGGACGACCCCGAGGCCACCUACACCACCAGCGGCGGCAAGAUCCCCAUCCGCUGGACGGCCCCUGAGGCCAUCUCCUACCGCAAGUUCACCUCGGCCAGCGACGUGUGGAGCUACGGCAUCGUCAUGUGGGAAGUGAUGGCCUAUGGCGAGCGGCCCUACUGGGAGCUGUCCAACCACGAGGUGAUGAAAGCCAUCAACGACGGCUUCCGGCUCCCCACGCCCAUGGACUGCCCGUCCGCCAUCUACCAGCUCAUGAUGCAGUGCUGGCAGCAGGAGCGCACCCGCCGCCCCAAGUUCGCCGACAUCGUCAGCAUCCUCGACAAGCUCAUCCGAGCCCCCGACUCCCUCAAGACCCUGGCUGACUUCGACCCCCGGGUGUCCAUCCGGCUGCCCAGCACCAGCGGCUCCGAGGGGGUGCCCUUCCGCACGGUGUCCGAGUGGCUGGAGUCUAUUAAGAUGCAGCAGUACACAGAGCACUUCAUGGCGGCUGGCUACACGGCCAUCGAGAAAGUGGUACAGAUGACCAGCGAUGACAUCAAGAGGAUCGGUGUGCGGCUGCCCGGCCACCAGAAACGCAUUGCCUACAGCCUGCUGGGCCUCAAGGACCAGGUGAACACGGUGGGCAUCCCCAUCUGAGCCGGGCCCCGCCCGCCUCGGCCAAGAGUACUUGAAGGAACCCAGUGGCCUUCCUGCCAGCGCUAUGGUCGGCCGCCAGGGACCUUAUUUAUUUCUAGUCCUUCUUGUUGAUGGCACCCUGAGGCCUCUGCGGGGGUCGUGGAUGACAUCCUGCCCUGGACCGACGAGGCGGUCGGGGAUGCUGGCCGGGGCCUUGUCCCUGGCAAGGGACAUGGCCCAGCACUUAGCAGGCGCCAUCCAGUUCCCAGCAUCCCCUGGGGCGAGCCCCACCAAGACCUUUGGCCAUCCACGAGGGACAUUCCAAACUGACUGCCCUUUGCCUUCUCCCACCCGGGAGAAGCCACCUUGGGAGAUGGGGGUCAGCCCUGGCCACAUGCGCGGGUGGCCACCGCAAGCCCCACCCUUGCUGAAAGGGGCAGACCUUGAACUUGGCUGGGUGAGCCCCGCAGUGGUGCUCCGUCCUCAGUGCCUUCUGCAGACCCCCGGCCCUGUCCUCAGCCGGGUGGGACAGGCCGAUCUCUUGCUUUCCCGGGGCCCUUUCAGGACGCUUGGUUGUGUUGAGGUUUUUUAAAUAUAUAUUUGUACUUCAUGGAGAGAAUGCGUGUGCGGCAGGGCCCUGCCGGGCUGGGAGAGCGUGCCCGGGUGGGACACGCCCAGGCGGGGGCUCCCCGGCCACCGUCUCCCGCCCUCUAGACAUUCCCACACUGUCAGUGUUAAUGAUUUUGUUUUGUUGGAUAUUUUUUGGAACCUUAAUUUAUUAUUUUUUUUAUAUUUAUUGUUAGAAAAUGACUUAUUUCUGCUCUGGAAUAAAGUUGCAGAUGUUUCAAACUGA